GAAGAAUCACCUCGUUCCUGCAGGUGCGAUGCCGGGUGCCGGGUGCCCCGUCUCCAUCCAUCCCAAAGCCCCGGGCUUUCGAUCCCGUCCCCUGCUUUUUUUUCCGCCAGAUUCCCUCAAACAUCCCAUGCGGCUGCACCACGAGCCGAGGUGGUGAAAAGCGAGAACCGCACCGCGCCAGCGCCACCGCCCGGGUGAGGACGAGAGAGGUGCGUCGCGUGUGCCUUGCCACUGCGCGCGCGUAUGGGAAUGGGAUGAUCAUCCGGUGGUGCGUGGACUCCGCGGUCCGGGGAUGGAUAACGGGGAUAGGUCUGGGGCAGGCGCGGGCGCCGUCGGCAGCGCCGGGAGCCUCGGCCUCCGCGUCGGGCAGGCGGUCUUCUCGUCGGCGUCGCUGCUGUUCAUGUCAGUCGGCGUCGAGUUCUUCAGCUACACCGCCUUCUGCUUCCUGGUGACAAUCAUGGGGCUGGUCAUCCCGUGGAGCUGCACGCUGGCCAUGAUCGACGUGUACUCCGUGCUCGUGGGAUGCCCUCUGCGCGUGCCGGGCGUCAUGGUCAUCGUCGUGGCGCUGUCGAUCGUCUCGUUCGCCGCCGCGUGUUCGAGCGCCGCGGUGAUCGACCUCCUCCUCCAGUUCCACGGAUCCCACUGCUCCCCGAGGUUCUGCGGGAGGUACCAGCUGUCUGCCAUGAUGGCAUUCUUGUCCUGGUUGCUCAUGGCUGCUUCUGCCAUCUUCAACCUCUGGUUCAUCGCCUCACGGUGGUAGUGGUAGCUGCUGGUAAACCUGCAGCUAGUCAUUUUUGUUUUCUUUAAAUAGCGCACAUAAUUUGGUUUUCGAGAUCGUAGCACAGGGUUCAGGUACCUUGAACUUUUGACCAAUUAGCCAUCCUUGCUGUGAAUAUGUGAUUCCCAGAUGAUUGAGUGCAUGUAGUCAGUCAGGACUCAGGAGACUGUAUCUGAAUUUGGCUUUGUUGA